AUGAGCUCUCGCGAUGGAUAUCAAUGGACCGCUGAGACGGGUCUGUUACAAGGCGUCCCUUCAAUUAGCGUCAUCUCGCCACCCACCUACGUGCCGCCAAACCUCAACCAAUGGGAUGUAAUCGUAGUCGGUGCAGGGUAUUCGGGUCUCACGGCAUCCCGAGAUGCUUGUCUCGCCGGGCUCCGCGUGCUUCUCAUCGAGGCGCGGGACCGCAUUGGGGGUCGCUCGUGGUCAUCUAAUAUCGGGGGAUAUCCCUUUGAGAUGGGGGGCACUUGGGUGCAUUGGGGCCAGCCUCAUGUCUGGCGAGAAAUCUCUCGAUAUCAGAUGAGGAGCGAGUUGGAGCCGUCCUUCGACUUCUCCCACGGGGUGAAUCACUUCCAACUACGCACUCACCACGGCUCGUCAGUAUUUAGUCAUGAAGAAGAGGACACGCUUCUCGCCGGCGCGUUGCAGAAGUUCGUCGAUGUCGAUGGAGAGAUGGGGAGGAAGAUCAUGCCGUAUCCGCACGACGCUUUUCACAACCCAUCCUCCCGGCAGUAUGACGACAUGUCUGUAUUAGAUCGCCUGAAUGAGCUGUCUCAGUCUCUGACACCUAAUGAGCGCGCUGUAGUGGAGAGCUUUAUUCUGCUCUGCAGUUGCGGCACGCUCGACACAACCAGCUUCUUUGAAUUCCUCCACUGGUGGGCUUUGUGUGGAUAUUCCUACCGAGGCUGCAUGGAUUACCUCAUUUCCUAUAAGUUCAAGGGCGGGCAGUCCAGUUUCGCGAUCAGAUUCUUUCGGGAAUCACUUGCAACCGGGCGAUUAUCAUACACCUUCAACAGCCCCGUUCAGUCGAUCGACGACCAGGGGCACAAAGUGGUGGUGAACACCCGUGAUGGUCGUCACUAUUGCAGUGCGCGUCUUGUCUCUACGAUCCCGCUGAAUGUGCUCAGCUCUGUCUCGUUUUACCCUCCCCUGGACCCGCGACGCGCAGUGGCCCUGAGUACCGGUCAUGUUAACCAAUGUGUCAAGGUGCACGCGGAGAUUGCCAGCCCCAAGAUGCGGUCAUGGACAGGGAUCUCCUACCCAUUCAAUAAACUUACCUACGCCAUCGCGGAUGGGACCACACCGGCAGGGAACACGCACAUUGUAUGCUUCGGGGGAGCACAUAACCACCUGCAGCCCGAGGAGGACCUCGACGAAACCAAAAGAGCGGUGGAGAACUUGUCUCCUGGAAAUAUGGAUAUCAAACGACUGGUAUUUCACAACUGGUGCAAGGAUGAGUUUGCCAAGGGGGCAUGGUUCUUUUCUCCUCCCCAGCUCGUGUCCAAAUCCCUGGAUGUCCUCCGAUCCCGGCAUGGAAACGUCCUAUUUGCCAACUCCGACUGGGCGGUUGGCUGGCGCAGCUUUAUCGACGGAGCGAUCGAAGAAGGUACUCAUGCAGCGAUGACGGUACUGGAGGAGCUGCGACCACAACCGGAUAUUCGUUCUCUAUUGUAA